AUCGUAAUUGAGUCUCCACACAAAAUGCAUUCGAAAAAGUUGAGUAAAAAAUCAAAAGUAGCACCCAAAGAGCCGAAUUGCGACGACACUGAUGGCAAGUACAAUAGCUUCGAGCAUAUGCAGUGUAUUCAGGACACGUUCUGGCGCAACGACAUGAAAGAACCGCCGUGCUUGCACACGGGCCUGGAAAUGGUGAGGAAUAGCGGCUUCAACAAGGGCCUGGCUUAUACAACCCGGGAACGCCAGCUGCUGAGCAUACAUGGCUUACUGCCGGUGGCCGUGCGUAGCAUUAAAGAGCAAAUGGAAGUAUGCAUGGAAAUUUUUAAUUCACUGACCACCCCCAUAGAGAGGUAUCUCUAUAUGAGCGACCUGGAAAGAAUAAAUCGUCAUCUAUUCUAUCGCCUGAUGCUCACUUCGCUGGAUAAAUUCAUCAAGGAGCUGGAUAACUCAUCUGCAUCGUUCCAGAUAAACAACUACAGUCUGCUGUUCAUAAACCCCAACGGGCUUUUUAUAACCAUUAAAGAUCGAGGUCACAUUUUCGAAGUGCUCUCGAACUGGCCGCAUCGUAACAUCCGAUGUCUUCUUGUCACUGAUGGCGCCGAGGUGCUCGGCUUGGGCGACUGUGGUGCUCAUGGCAUGGCUUUGGCCAUAACAAAGCGUUGCCAGCACACAUUGUUUGGUGGAUUGCAUCCAGACUGCUGUCUGCCCAUCAUGCUGGACGUUGGCACGGACAACGAAGUCCUGCUCAAUGAUCCGUUGUACAUUGGUCUGCGUCAGCAUCGCGUGACGGGCAAGGAAUAUGAUGAUUUCUUUGACGAGUUUAUAGUGGCCGUCCAUCGACUUUACGGACCGCGUGCGAUCAUUCAGUGCAAGGAUUUUGGCACAAAUAAUGCCGUCGCCCUCUUGGAACGCUACCGCAAUCGCCAGUGCUUCAUCAAUGCGGAUAUACAGUGCUUGGCCGCCUGUGGGUUGGCCGGCAUAAUGGGUGCCAAGCCCUUGACCCAUAAGACGCUUGAGCAGCACGUGUUACUUUUCGUUGGGGACAACUACUUCAACAUUGGAAUGGCGCGUCUUUGUAUGCUUUACUUUAAACGGGAGGGCUUGGAUGAGGCUGUAGCCAACAAUCUUAUCUGGUUUUGUGAUGAGCAUGGGUUGGUGGUCAAAAAUCGGAAAAAUCCAGUCCCCAAUGCUCUUCAAAAUUUCGCGAAGCGGCACCGACCAGUUGAGCACUUGGCAGAGAUUAUUGAGAUAGUCAAGCCUACCGUCCUUGUGGGCUGCUCCGGACAACCCAAUUCGUUCACGGCAGAUGUGCUUAAUGCAAUGGAAAAAAGCGCAGAGAGUCCAAUUAUAUUAGCCAUGACACGGCCCGCGGAGCACGCAGAGUGCAGUGCCGAAGAUGCUUUCGUGCGCACAAAGGGUCGCUGCAUAUUCAUUUCUGGCUCUCAGAUACCAUCCGUAAAAUAUGCGAACAAACGGUACCAGCCCGGAUGCUGCAGCAGCGUCCUCAUGCUAUCCGGCAUCAUCUUGGGCAUCGUCCUCUCUGGCAUGACCACCGUUCCGGAUGAGGCGUUCCUUGUGGCCGCCGAAAGGAUAUCGGAACUGGUGUGGCCGGAGGACUUAGAGAUGCGAGAUGUCUUUCCACCGCUUCGUAAAGUUAUGUGCAUUAAUCUACAGGUGGCUAUGGCUGUCUUCGACUACGCCUACCGACGUGGCCUGGCUACUUUCUUUCCGCAGCCCGAAAAGCCCCGUCAGUUUGUGGUGCAGUCUCUGUAUAAAAACGAAUACCGGGACUAUGUGAACGAGGUCUAUUGUAUGUCUGACCGCUUUAUUGGAACUGAGGAAUCGCGAGCCCACUACAAAUAGAACCCGAGUCCACUUCACUUUAUGUUCUGUUAUAUAAAAUAAUUUAAAUAAAAUUCAUCUUAAGGUA